UUCAUCUUCUGGUUCCUGAAAUCGUACUUUAACAGUAGCACUGCGGGAAUUGUCCAACUGGGAUUGCAUCUCUUCUUUUAAAAAAGGAACAUUCUAGGCAGGAUACGCUGUUAAAACAUCAAUAGUUAAGGUUCUAGACGCAGAAUAUUUUAGAAAAUGAAGACAAGUGCAUUAUCAACAUUUUCCUUUCUAUUGGUGCUAAGCUGGCAGAGAGUCCAAACGCUGCAGUGUGGAGAACAGGAAUAUAUCAACAGUGAAGGUCUCUGUACCCCCUGUAGGCAGUGCCCCCCAGGACAGGAGCCUGAUAGGGUAUGUGGCCAUGGGAAAGGUGCAGGGAUGGAGUGUCGUGCGUGCUUCCCUGGCACAUUUUCAGACAGCUACGGAACAGAGCCAUGUGCCAUACACAGCUCUUGUGCUAGACUCAAAAGAGUGUACAGGAUUCAUGGCACAGCUACUGUUAACAGCCAGUGUGGAGAAUGUUUACCUGGGUACUAUAACCUUGCGGAAGAAUCUGCAGGCACCUCAGAAUGUCAUCCAUGCACUGAUGCUGUAGAAGACACAAGUAGAUGCUCACAUCUUAAAAGUUUGGGUUCACGUGUACCAAGAAGUGUUGGAGAGCUGAAGCAAGACAGUGUACCCCCCUCCAAUACCACGAAGCAUGGCAAAAGUGAAGAGAACACUGUGGAAUAUGUCAUCUUCGCUGUCAUACCUAUCUUUUGUUUGACUGGAUUGCUGGGAAUCCUUUUUUGUAACUUUCUGUCAAGAAAGGGCUACCGCUGUACAUCAGAAAAGGAAGCAGAUGAAGAAGCAGGGAAGACUGGCAACAAUUACAACUUUGGGCCAGAAGAUAACAAUGAGGACACAAUUGGAGUUUUGGUACGGCUAAUAACUGAAAAGAGAGAAAAUGCUGCUGCUUUAGAGGAACUCCUGAAGGAACAUCAGAGCAGAGAACUUGCUGCUAACCUAUUUGCAGCUGACAGGUUACCAGCUUUACCUGCACUGGCACCAUUACCACACCUAUGCAGACAUGCUCACCAUUUGCACACUGUCCAGACACCUGAAGUUGGGACUUGCUGUACCCGUUGCUCCCAGAAAAAGUGGCCAGAGGUACUGUUGUGUCCAGAAGUCGCUGCUGCUACUGCUGCAUCUCUGAAACCAGUGAAACCAGUUAGCAAAUCCAGCAGACCAGGAGAAGUCACCCUUCUGUCGAUUGGCAGGUUCCGAGUGGCCCAUAUUCCUGAACACAAACAAAACUGUGCUGAGGAGGAAAGCCAGUCAAACUUGGGUGACCAGGAUUCCAAAGAUGUACCACUAAGCUCUUCUGUUGAAGAAAAUUCUCUGCUAAAAAGUACCCCAAAACCAAAGUGGUUGAAACCAUCUGACACUAAACUAAAGAAUGCCAAUGGAGAUGUUAUCUGACUACUAAAGAACUGACAGAAGGUGUCACUGUAGGAGAUUCCAGCUGAACCUGAUACAAGACAGGCACAGAAGUUGGUGGAAGUUGUAACCAAGGUGAAGAAACUGAACUGUACCUCAAAGAAAAGCACAAUAAUGUAUGAACUCUGAAUCCCUCAAAACGUCUAUGCUGCAAGAGUAGACUUUCUUCUUUUAAAAGCUAUUUUUAUGAACAAAAAUGUGUCCUAUUUUUGCCUGCAAUGUUGAAUUGAUUAUUAUGCUCUGCUGGAGUAUUAUAGACAGUAUUAGAACAAAAAGAAAUUAUUGAAGUAUAUAUAUAUAUAUAUACUGUAAAUGUUCUGAGCCAGUUACCUUAUAUAACUUGGAUUGUGUCAAGACAAGAGUAUGAUUUAUCGGUGAAAACAUAGAUGGAUGUUAAUGAGAAUAUGAGAGGUAUAUAAUAUCUUUCUUUCUGCCUUGUUAAUUUCAGCUGGAACUUGUCUGUGUGGUUUUCUCAGCGAAAUUCUGUCUUCCUGUGGAUGAUUCUUACAGAACUAGUUUCUGACAUGAAGGUUUAAUCCCAUUCUAGGCUGUUCUUCAAACGUCUGUGACAGCCAGCCAUUGUUUACCAUUUGCCUUUUUUGCACAAUUAGUUUGUGAAAAUGUUGACUUUGCCUAUAUGUUAUCUCCCAAUAAUUAUUAUUUUUGCUGUAUCAUUAGCCACUAAAGCAAGAAUGUGUAAGGAUCGAUGCAGCUUAUAAUCAUCUAUACUUUGUGUUCCUGGCUAGCUGUAGCUCACCUGUGUUGAGCAUCUGCUGGUGAUUACUUGUUUUGUGGUCUUGCCUCUCAGCUUAAAUUAGCAGACUCUAGAGAAACACUUGAAUAAUACCGAUAUAUUAGCCUUAUGUUACUGCAAGCAUUUAUUGCACGAAAAAUCUUUCUGUGGGACCAGAUGUUUGACCCCAAAUAAAUAUAUUUCUGCUCUUAAUGUAUGUUAUACAUUUUGUUAGCAGAUUCUUUGACCAAGGUAACUGCUAACUUUAUUUUACACUUCAAUCUGUGGCCAACUUAGUAGGUGAUGGUUGUUAUAUGCUGAAAAAAAUGGUACUCGUAAUGGACACAAACGUUUUGUGGGAGCUUUCCUUUCAGAUCAGGAGGAUUUUUGUGGCUGACCCAUAUCUGACAUUUUUGUGAACUUGAAACUUGUGUUUAUGUGGUAAUUUAUUUUACAAUACCAUUCUGUAGCUGGUCUAUCAGGACUCAGCCAGUAGCACAACUAUAUUUAUUCUUUGAAGUUUUAAGAAAUGUACCAGUGAAAAACUUUGUUUUCUACCUGAAGACCAGACGUGAUUUAUGGAAAUAAUGUGAACUGUUUAGGCGUGAGGGUUAUGAAUAGGUUAUUAAAGCCACUAGGUUUUAAACAACUCAAACCUGCACAUUAUGCAUUUAUGAAUUUGUACUGCGAAAAGUCCGUAAGUAGCUUGAUGAUGCCUUUUCUUCUUUUCCUUUUUUAAAUGGAUAUUUUCUACAGUUUUACGUGUUCGCGUAUGGCAGUAAACCAUUUUGUUCAUGUACUUUGCUUACAUUGCUAUUUUAAGGAAUUGUAAUGCAAAGCUUAAUUUCCAACUACAGUUUGCCCCCCCCCCCCCAACCACCACCAGUUGUUAUCAUGUCUAGAAUAUCAUCAGCCCUGUAAUUAACCUUGGCAACUCUGAUUUAUUUCUGCCUUUUGCCACAUUUGUGCACAUGGAGGCAUACAGACAGUAUAGUAUACAGGUAUUUCUCUAGUAUAUACAUGCUGGCACUACUGUAAAGCAUCUAUGGCAGUAAGACUGCACAUGUGAUAUAGUUCAUCACUAAGAAAAGAAAGCUGUCUUAUGGCUCCUUUAUCAUGUUUAAUUUGUUCCCUUUUCAGCUUUACAUUAUCUGAUGACCUUUAUCCUCAGCAUUGGUUUUGUUUUAUGAAAAUAUUUCUACUGUCCUGUUUUAAAUUUAGCAUUAUUUUGUAUUUUUGUGAAAUUAUUCUAAAAAAACGUUGAUGUGAAUUUUAUUAAGCCAAGCACAGUGGUGCAGCAGAUAGUAUGUUACCUCACAGCAAGAGGUUAUCCUGUUCGAAUCUCUGCUGAAGUGUCUU